GUGCAAGCAAGUGUUUCCUGUCCUUAAAUAAAUUUAUUUGGUACUUUUGCGGUACACAGUAUGUAGCUUUAACAUCUUUCCACUUUCUUUCAAAUCAAGUAUCUUCUUCUUCUUCUUCUUCAAACUUGGAAGUAACAAAUGACAUUUUUACGCUUCUCUGUACUUUUCUUCUUUUCUUCCAUUCUCUUAUUCAGUCACUCAGUUCACUGUGACCAUGAUGAGGAAGAUGAUCUUUAUCAGGGAGUCAACAUGUACCGCACAUCAUUGAACUUGACAUCGCUAACAAAGAAUGAAAAUGCUAAUUGUUUUGCUGAAAAAUUGGCUGACCAGUUCAAGAAUAAACCUUGUACAAAUACUACAGGUGCUAACACAAUACCAGGUACUGAGCCUCAGUUCCCCAACUAUGAAGACCUUUUAACUAAAUGCCACUUAAAUAUUUCCAACACAAGGGAUGGAUCUGUAAUGCCUGCUUGUGUUCCUGGCCUUGUUCCGAGCAUUGUCCUCUCUAAUUUCACGCAAUCUCUUUACUCGCAAAAUCUUAAUGACUCAAAGUUUACUGGAAUUGGGAUUGGUUCCGAAGAUAAUUGGAUUGUUGUUGUAUUGACCACAAACACUUCUGACGGAAGCUUUGUUCCCGAGAGUUCUAGUGGUGAUGAGACUUCUAAUGGUGAAAACUUUAUCACCAAAAUUGGAUUGGUUUACUGCUCAUUGCUCUUGUUAGUUGGUAACGUUAUCCUGUUUUGAGCGUGAGGAUGCCGUUCGCUGUUCUCAUUUUUAUUGCAGUAUAGUCGGUAAGUAGGCCAAGCUACCAUAUAGAUCUUAUACUAUCACUGUCUGGGAAACGGGAAACUGCAAAUAGUGAUUGCUAUUGUUUUUCAGUGAAGCAUAGAGGGAUGGUAGAAUAAUUGUUACUUCAAUAUUGUCGGUGUCUGUAAAAUGCCAGAGAAGAAGAAUAGAAGGAAAAAAAAAAGCUGUUUUUUCAUGUAGGGUAAUGUAAUUGUUAUGACUAUCAUAAAAGAUUUUCUUUUGUUUGAAAUCUUUAAAUUUUCUAAAUCAUAACUUGAGACAAUAAAUUGUUCUAUUGAUGGCAAUUCACGUGUAUUUUAAUUUCAAAAUGGAAACUCCAUUUCUUAUUUGA